UAACUGUGUUUACGACGCAGAACUGAUAGUGAAAUGAGUGCGCACGCUUUUGAUGUUAGGAGACAAUGCCGUGAAAUUAUCUUAGACAUAACAGAUAAACAAGGAAACUCGUCAUUAGACGAUACAAAAGCCGUAAGGAAAUGGCUGCUUUGUAACCGAGAGGUACCAACCAGACUUCAGGGAAAACUGCCACGGUGUGGAUUAUCAGCUGUUAGCAUGGCAGUGGAACUGAUAAAGAGAGAAGAGGAUGAUAACUAUGUUGCAUCAUCUGCACAGAAACUGUAUGAAGAAGAAUUGGACAACUUACUGAUAUUGGCAAAAUCCAGGGGUUUUUCCAAUCAAGGGGAAUUGUACUCUGCAGAAAAUCUUGCUUGUCUUGCUGAGGAAUUUUAUGGUGUGGAAUGCUCAGUCAUGAGUAAUGGAUUGGAGGAUCACCAUUCUACUGUCUCUAAAUUACUCAAGGGAACAGCAGUGCUUGUCCCAUAUGAUGCUGAUAAGAACAAUAAACCCUGUUUGGAGAAUGGCCACCGAGCUCAUUGGGCCUUGCUUACGGGUGUCAUGUGUGAACUGAGUGACAACAGCAUCGACUGGACAUUGUUUGAACAAGAUGUUGACGUUCCUACAUUAUUUUAUGCAAGUCCAUCACAGUCAUUUGUCUUACCACCCAACUGUACACUGCAACAUGUUUACUUUUGCAUAAAGCAUGGUAAAUCAAACCACACAGCUGUUUGGACUCUUGAAAGCUUAAAGAGUAGUAAUGCAAAUCUUUUGGAACUAGACCCGAAACGAAGACUAGCUGGGAAUUGGGUUGUUCCUAGAGAUGACCUGAGGGUUGGACUUUGUCAGAAAAUUGUGUUAAUGUCUGGAAAAAGUUAUAAAACUGAGUAUCAAUUGUAAGAAUAUAUUGAACAAAAAUACUGGAUGCCAACAAAUUUAUUUACCAGUUCUGAAUAUCGUCUGAUUCAAAAGAGUACUAUACUAUAACAAUGAAUUGAAUAAAGUCUCAGUCUACAAUA